AUGUCGAGAGCUGCGCCUGCAUCCGCUGCAGGGGUGCAUCUCAUGCACCAGCAGUCGAAAAAGAGGCCAGUCAGCAGACAAGAGGUCGCUGCUUUCGAUCCACAUAUAACCAUUGAAUCCAUGGAACGAAUCAUCAAGUCCUCUUCGGCGGUGGAGAAUUUGGUCACAAAUUUGGUUGGACAGAAACUGGGCCAGGAGGAAAAACCAGCGAAACCGACCCCAGUGGAUUCGAAAUGCUUUCAGAACUUCAUUUAUUGUACAAUCAUGCUGAAUGCUUUGACACUAGGCCUUCAGGCGGACUUACAAACUGGUGGAUGGACUUUGGUUUGGUUUAUAUUGGAGAAUAUCUUCACAACAAUCUUUGCUGCUGAAAUGGUCAUCAAAAUCUACUUUUUACAGAUGGGUUAUUUCUGGAAUGCGAAGCCCAGACGCCCUCAGUAUUGGAAUUUGCUGGAUUUCGUUAUUGCUCUUCUAGCAAUAGUGGAUUGCUGGAUCCUGACGUAUCAGGCCAACGCAGAUGCACCUGCCAUUCGAGUGAUGCAGCUGCUCCGGAUCAUCAGGAUUGCGAAGCUACUUCGUCUUCGCCAAGAGCUUGUUGCAAUCAUUGAAGGACUUUUCAGUUCUUUGCAAUGCAUGGUCUGGAUCGGUUUCCUGCUCCUGAUAGUGAUUUACGGCUUUAGCAUUGUUUGUCGCAACGUCAUGGGCAACUUGACCAACAGCGAUUUUGAAGAUAUGAUCAACAACGAGAUGUACUUUGGAUCACUGCCUCGAACAAUGUUGACGCUGUUCAAUAUUUGCUUGAUUGACAGCUGGGGUGCAAUCAUUUGGCCGCAAAUGCUGUACAAUCCGUGGAUGGUGAUUCCAUUGGUGGUCUUCAUGAGCGUCACCUGCUUUGGACUUAUGAAUGCACUGAUUGGCGUUAUCGUUGAGCGGACGACAGCUGCUCAGCAGAACAUGAGCAGUAUGCAGGAAGAGGCCGUUCGCGAGAUGAAAAUGUACAUGGUGGCUCAACUGCUGGAAGCGAUCGAUGACUCAGAUGAGGACCGCAGCGGCACCAUCAACCUGCAAGAGUUCCGUCAGGUUCAACGCAAGCCUCAUGCAGCCGAAAUUUUCGCUGCGCUCAAUCUCCCUCCAGGGUUUGAAGCGAAAGAUCUGUUUACCCUGCUUGACUCUGAUGGCAAUGGUCAACUCGAUAGAUACGAGUUCUUGCUGGGGAUUUGUCGCUUGAUAUGGUGUGAUGAGUUCCAGAGCCAGUGCCUGCAAAACCAUGCAAUUUCCCUGGUCCGAGAGGACAUCCGUUCCUUGCAAGCAACAGUGAAGGACUUGUCAAACAAGUGCCAGGUGCAGGGAAGUCAUCCGGACAUUGGUGCAGAGAUGCUGAAGUCGAUUUCUGAGACGGUCCGCAAUGACUAUCAGGAAGUCCUCAACAGUUGUUUGGAGAAGUACUGGGAGCGUGCGAAAGAAUUGCUGGGAGAGAAGGAUGCAGAGAAAAAAAUGAUUUCACUUCAAAAUCAGACGCAAGAAAAAACUGAGAAGGUCCAGGAGCGCAGGCAAAGGAGCGAUGACUCUGCUGUCCCUGCUGAAAGGGUCGCUGACUACCAGUGUUUGCCUGUCCAGAUUUGUGACGACACAACAGGAGCUGCGCUGGAUGAUGCUCUAAAUAGAGCAGAAGUCUUGCUUCAUACACAUUGCGUACCAACACCCGAGGAGUUUCAAAUUCAGCUACCGAUGGAGAUGCUGGAGACGGUGGAGCGGCUCCUGAAUGAACUCGUGGCUGCGUCGGGUGCCCUGCAGCUAACUCUGAGAGCAGAUGGAAUUCUCCUUGUGGAGGGCUGCUCCAAUGCGAGGGACUGUGUUGGGAGGAUUAUCCAAGAACUGGCGGAGUCAGGCUGGUCUCCCCUGCUUGAGCCAGGCCACAAUGCUCCGCCGGACAGCGGCGAUGAGACUUCUUCGCAGCCUGACGAUCUCCGGGAUCAGCAUGCUGGGGAGGGCAUAAAGAAAGGGCGCAGGAAGCCUCGACGUGCCAAGAAAGCAAAGGUUCCAAAGCAGCACGAGCUUGUCGCAGAACCACAACCGCAGAGGGUUGACUGA